AUGGCCAGUGACAACUCCGUUAACAAAAGACAGGCAUUGGAUCCCGUUGUUAAAGAUGUUAAAAAAUCAAAAACUGAGAUUGAUAUCAAUCAGCCCACUAUAGAUGGCUUGUCUGCCAAGGAGUUGUUUGAUGUCAGGAUUUCUGGUGGUCUAACUUACAACGACUUUCUUAUUCUGCCUGGAUACAUUGACUUUCCCGCUUCUGCUGUGUCUUUAGAAACUCGAAUUACUCGUCGUUUCACUCUCAAAACUCCAUUCAUGUCUUCUCCCAUGGACACUGUCACUGAAACCAACAUGGCAAUCCACAUGGCACUCAAUGGUGGUCUUGGUGUCAUUCAUCACAACUGCCCUAUAGAAGAGCAAUGCGAUAUGGUGCGCAAGGUCAAGAAAUUCGAAAACGGCUUUAUCACUGAUCCCAAGUGUCUUUCUCCCUCUCACAAUGUUCAGGAUGUUCUCGAUAUCAAGCGCAAGUUUGGCUUUUGUGGCAUCCCCAUUACUGCCGAUGGCAAAAUGGGUUCUCUUCUUCUCGGCAUCGUCACUUCUCGCGAUAUUGAUUUUCUUCAGAGUGACAAUGACCAGCAAAAACUUCUCAAAGACAUCAUGACUACCGAUUUGGUUACUGCAAAUCAGGGAAUCUCUUUAGUAGAGGCAAAUAGAAUUUUGUCAGAAUCCCGUAAAGGAAAAUUACUCAUUGUUGAUGCAAAUGGCCACCUUACUGCUCUUCUUGCUCGAUCUGAUCUGAUCAAGACUCGUGAUCAUCCUCUUGCAUCCAAGCGUGAUUCCCGCCAGCUCCUUUGUGCUGCUGCCAUUUCUACCCACAAUGAAGACAAGAUUCGUCUGGCAGCACUUGUUGCUGUUGGCUUAGACAUUGUUGUUCUUGACUCGAGUCAAGGCAACUCGUCGUUUCAAAUUGAAAUGAUCAAAUAUAUCAAAAAAACACAUCCUCAAAUUGACGUCAUUGCUGGCAACGUUGUUACUACAGAGCAAGCCCGUAACCUCAUUCUUGCUGGUGCAGAUGCUCUUCGUAUUGGCAUGGGAUCUGGAUCCAUCUGCAUUACUCAAGAAGUCAUGGCUUGCGGUCGUCCACAGGGAACAGCUGUAUAUCGCGUUGCACAAUAUGCACGUCAAUUUGGCAUACCUGUUAUUGCAGAUGGCGGCAUUUCAAAUGUUGGUCACAUUAUCAAAGCCAUUUCUCUUGGUGCUUCUGCUGUCAUGAUGGGAUCUCUUCUUGCUGGCACCACCGAGUCGCCAGGCGAAUACUUUUAUAAUGACGGCCAGCGACUUAAAAAAUAUCGUGGUAUGGGUUCUCUUGAUGCUAUGGACAAGGGUGAUGCCGCUGGAAAACGCUACUUUUCAGAAAAAGACAAGGUCAAGGUUGCACAAGGUGUCGCCGGUGCUGUUGUUGACAAGGGUAGUGUCAAAAAGUUUGUUGAAUACCUCUACGCCGGUCUUCAACAUGGCCUUCAAGAUAUUGGUGUCAAAUCAAUCAAAGUCCUUCAAGAGCAUGUAUCUCAGGAUAUUAUUAGAUUUGAAAGGCGUAGCCCUUCAGCCCAACUCGAGGGUGGUGUUCAUGGUCUGCAUUCAUUUGAGAAACGCCUUUUUCAGUAA